UCUUCAAAACUUAUAUAAUCUCGGGGUCACAAAUUAAAUAAGCUAUCAACCUUCAAUUUAAUGGCUAAUUCUGUAACUCUCUUCUCCAUUAUUUUCUCAUUUUUCCUCCUUCAGCAACUAGUUUUCACAAAUGGCCAAAAUGUUAUUAAGGGAGGGUACUGGUUUAGGGACAGUGGAUUAGCAUUAAACAACAUAGAUUCAACUCUUUUCACUCAUCUUUUUUGUGCAUUUGCUGAUCUUAAUCCACAAUCAAAUCAGUUAAUCAUUUCGCCGGAAAAUCAAGAUUCGUUCAGGCAAUUUACAAGUACAGUUCAAAGGAAAAAUUCUUCAGUCAAGACUUUCUUGUCUAUAGCAGGAGGAAGAGCUAAUUCAACUGCCUAUGGAAUUAUGGCUAGACAACCAAAUUCAAGAAAAAGUUUAAUUGAUUCAUCAAUAAGAUUGGCUAGACAAUUGGGAUUUCAUGGCCUUGAUCUUGAUUGGGAAUAUCCAUUAUCAGCUACAGACAUGACAAACUUAGGUACCCUUUUAAACGAGUGGCGCACCGCUAUCAACACGGAGGUGAGAAAUUCCGGCAGGGUGGCACUGCUUCUCACGGCGGCGGUUUCCUACUCACCCCGAGUCAACGGAUUGAACUACCCAGUUGAAUCAUUGGCAAGAAACUUAGACUGGAUUAACCUUAUGGCCUAUGAUUUCUAUGGACCAAAUUGGUCACCAUCACAAACCAAUUCACAUGCACAAUUAUUUGAUCCUGUGAACCAUGUCAGUGGAAGUGAUGGAAUUAAUGCAUGGAUUCAAGCUGGUGUUCCAAUACGAAAAUUGGUACUUGGAAUUCCAUUUUAUGUCUAUGCGUGGCGAUUGGUUAACGUGAAUAUUCACGGUCUCAGAGCGCCUGCUGCCGGAAAAUCAAAUGUUGGUGCGGUCAACGAUGGCUCGAUGACUUAUAACCAAAUUAAGGAUUAUAUAUUGCAGAGCCGCGCCACGGCUGUGUAUAAUGGUACCAUUGUUGGAGAUUAUUGUUACUCUGGAAAUAAUUUGAUUAGCUAUGAUGAUACACAAAGUGUUAGAGAUAAGGUUAAUUAUGGUUAAGGUAGAGGAUUGCUUGGUUACUAUGCAUGGCACGUUGCAGGGGAUCAAAAUUGGGUACUCUCUCGUACAGGUUAGUAGUAGUAGUUUUUUUUAAGGGAGCCUUGGGGUAAGUCAUAUAUUUAUAGAUGUGUAUAUAUCUUAAAUAAUAGGUAGUAUAUAUUUUGAAUGGUAUCCUAAGAUUCAAAUCUUAGGCAGGUGCGUCGGUCGAUUUGGGGGCACACCUUGACUUUCAGUGUGCUGCCUGGGUUCGAUUCUGACUUUAGCAUUUGCUCAAAUUUUUAUUCGACAAUGGUUCAUAUCAUGUUCAAAUCUUAGGUCCGCCUCUGUAUGUUGUUGCUAUCCAGUAAUCUUAGAGGUAGUUUAUUAAUUAUCCUUCACACACAAUUGUGACUUUCUAGUGAGCAAAUAAACUUUUACUUGUUUUUUUUUUUCCUAUAGUAGAUGAUUUCCAAAUUGUCUUCAUGAAUACAUUUAUCAAUAUUUAUUAAAAAUGUCAAAGGAUAUUUUAUUAAUCGAAUUAGGGAAAGUUGAGAAAUGGGCAAGAAAUAGCUGUGAAAAGGCUCUCAGAAACCUCUACUCAAGGAUUGGAAGAGUUUGAAAAUGAAGUGAUCCUUACAGCAAAAUUACAACAUAUAAAUCUUGUAAAAGUCGUGGGUUUUUGCAUUGAAAGAAAAAAGAAGAUGUUGAUCUACGAAUACAUGCCCAACAAGAGCUUGGACUACUACAUUUAUAAUCAAGUCAGAAGAUUACUUCUAAAUUGGGAAAAACGAGUGCAAGUAAUUGAAGGAAUUAUUCAAGGGCUCCUAUAUCUCCAAGAAUACUCAAGAUUAACAAUUAUUCAUGGAGAUUUGAAAGCCAGCAAUAUUUUAUUGGAUAUAGAUAUGAAACCAAAGAUUUCUGACUUUGGAAUGGCAAGAAUAUUUAAGAAGGAUGAAGUUGAAGCAAAUACCCUACGAGUAGUUGGAACAAUGGGUUAUAUUCCACCUGAAUAUGUGGAACAAGGCAUCUAUUCAACAAAAUCUGAUAUUUUCAGUUUUGGAGUACUUCUUCUCCAAAUCAUAAGUGGGAAGAAGAAUACAUGGUCCAGAUGAAAAUUUAAACCUUCUUGAAUACGCAUAUGAGAUGUGGAGAGAUGGUAAAGGCAUGAAGUUUAUGGAUCCAUCACUUGAUGAUACAACAUCAUCUUGUAAACUAUUGAAAUGCAUGCAAAUUUCUUUAUUAUGUGUCCAAAAAAAUCCAUUGGAUAGGCCUACAAUGUUAGAAGUUUCUUAUUUGUUAAAGGAUGUGAAUUUUGCUAUGAAUUCUCCAAAGAGGCCUGCAUUUUCUACAAGGGAAGAUGAAGAAGUUGGUAAUUCAAAUGGCUCAGUGCAGGAAAUUGGAGAAGUUGACACUGCAACAAUUACACAAUUGGUUGCGCGAUGAUAUAUGUUACUUUUUACAAUUCAUUUCUUUUUUACACUAUUCUUAUAUUUUUAGCGGAUUCAGUAUUUUAGUUUGAUUGGUUUAGUUAGGUAAGUCCAACUUCCAUUUCUUCUAAAGUAUUACACGGAAAAUUUUAUUUUGUGUCUCAUACAAUUGACACUAGUUGUAUGAAGCAUCUUUUUUGUCUCAUCGUUUUGUGGACCCAGAAGUGUAAGAUUAGGAUCCACAAAUUU